ACCCUAUCAUCCUUCAGUUCGCCGCGAGUCCCGAUGCAGCCCGAUGCCGGUCGUGCAGGAUAUGUUGUGCGGGAGACACUUUUCGUACGGACUUCCGGGCGGCCGCGGUCGAGACUGGUCGAGAGCGCCAAUUUUCGAGUCACACAGACAGACAGACGAACGGGAGGCCGCAGCGGGAUUAUCCACGUUUUUACUCACAGACCUACUGUGUGUACCAGGAGAUAUGAGUAUACAGGAAGUUAGUAGAUUCAUUCCCCUUCUACGGACGGAGUUAUCCAAAGCCACUGCUUCCUUUCGUGUCCGAGACGGCUAAGCUUGCGAGGAACACUGAUAAUGCAGUCGGGCAAGGACGGCUUCCUUGCAGAAGCCCCUUGGCUCUCGGUUAGUUCCUCUGUUGUUGUCCUCUGUUGUUGCACGACGCUCACAUGUUCCUUCGGCAGACGGAGAUGUCAUCUAUGAGCCGUGAAAACUGCGUAGGACACGGCAUGCCUCGCUCCUAUUCUGGCACUUCAGCAAGCCGGGGUAGAGAAGCAGGAUUCGGCAUGUCAAGUCGGAGCUUUCGAUUCUCCACCAGCAGGACAGCACGGACACCCAAUGCGAUGAAGUCUAUCCAACAUUACUUCAAUCCUUCCUUCGCAGAUGAGGAGGUAGAGGAUAAAUACCUACAGCAGAUGUGGUUCUAUCGCAAGAAGCAGAUGCAGAUGGCCGCUAUAUUUAUGUUGAUCACAUGGGUGCUCGUGGUUAUUUGUCUACCUCGUCCCUGGGGCAUCUACGAAAGUUGGACCAUCUUUGGCGUCAUCGGGCCUUUCUCCAUCGCCAUCCCUAUUCUCGCUACCUUGAAUUAUCCCAUGCGCCAUCACUUUCUGUGGCAAAUAUCCUUGAUCGGUGCCAUAUGGAGUACGCCCAUCUCCUUUUUGUAUCAAAUGUAUGACUGUGGUUGGUACACCAGGCCUUCGCUCGGCGGUUUUGGAGGCGGCGCUUGUGGGAACAGAGACUUUGCAUCUCUGCUUUUCUAUGCAGCCGCAUAUCCCGUUCUCGGUCUCUUCGUCAUGAGGCAAACGAGAUUAUGGGCUCUUGUCUCUUCUACGGCCUUCUGCGCGCUUCUCGCAGUGUUUGUUCUCCCACGAAGAAUCAGUUGGAUACGGAACUUUCUCGUAUUUGCUACGUUCAGCUUGUUGAGCAAUCUUUUGAGCUACACACAAGAAAUGGCUGACAGGAAAACUUUUCUUAUCGGUGAACAAUUGAAAGUACAAAUCCGCGCUACGGAAAGGGCACAACAUCUCGAACGCGAAGCCGCGGCCAGCAAAAAACGCUUUAUAGCAUAUAUCUUCCACGAAGUUCGCGUCCCACUGAACACUGCAUUGCUCGCCGUUCAAGCGCUAGCCGGAGAGGGUGUGUUCAAUAACUGCGACAGCAGCCAAAAGGAAAUUGUCGAAGCGCUGUCGGGGGGUUUGGGAAUGAUGGGGACAGUCUUGAAUGAUGUCCUUGAUUUCAAUCGCAUGGAGGAAGGAAAAUUCGUAUGCGCCAACGAUCCGCUCGACUUCCACGCUGUGAUUCGGUCGCUUUUGGUCUCGGCUCGUGCGUUGGCAGCAAACAAAGGCAUCGAGCUUCAGAUGGAUCUGGAUGAACAGAUAGACAGAGUAUCUGAGCGUAAGAUCAUGACAGGCGAUCCAAUGCGGUUGCGUCAAGUGAUGUCCAAUUUGAUUUCGAACGCUUGCAAGUUUACCUCGGAAGGCACAAUUAAAGUGUCCACCCGGCUCAUACGUCCUACCGAUGGGGAAUUUCUCGUUGUUCCCUCGGAUCAAGGCAAAACGCGGACGAUGGCAAAAAGCGGUGACCAAUGUAUGGACAUUCACGUCAUCGACAUACAAUGUCCAGAACCGUCACACGACCCGAAUGUUGCCCUCAUUCGCAUAGAAGUCGAAGACUCGGGAAUUGGAAUUCACCCUUCCGACCUGCUGGAGAAUCGACUUUUCUCUCCUUACGUACAAACCGAUGAAGGGCGCCGACAAGGUGGAAAGGGCACGGGACUGGGACUGGCCAUUGUCCGGCAUAUUGUGCAAUUAUCUGGCGGGAGAGUGGGUGUGCGCAGCAAACCGGGUGUCGGUAGCACAUUCUGGAUCGAACUGCCAUUCGCAUUACAGAACAGAGAGGAUGUCUCAGAGGAUUUUUCAAAGGAGCGUCAGGACAUGAUGACGCCCGUCAGCGUGCGAUCGUCUACCAAUUCGAUGCCUGAGCCAUAUCUACCUGCCUUGGCUGGGAUGAAUAGGCGUGCGGACUCGGAUGUCGAGACGGAUACCAGUGAUAUACAUGACGAUAGAACCCCAGAAGAGGCAACUGGCCGGGUACGAAAUGCGCAACAUGACCGACCGAGACCCGGAGUCAGUGCAGUCGCCGAAGCAAAAAACAUGGCGAAAACACAAGUAGUCCCGCAGGAUCAGCCACCAGGACGGCCAUUACCAUUGCAAACGAGCGACAGCACCCUGUCAGGAGGCGCCAGUACCUCUCGAGACUGUCCAGGAUCGCACCCGCCAAUGUCCAUCCCAAUCCCACCCGCCUCUAUUCAACUCCUAUACCCAACCCCGCCAAUCUCGGUUACGCCAACGUUAGCAAUCAGCCGCCAGACACUCAGCAUUCUUGUCGUGGACGACGACAAAAUCACCCGUCUCCUCAUGUCACGGAUACUGAGCCGUCUAGGCCACAAAGUAACUUCGGCAUCGGACGGGAGCAUGGCGCUGUCCCUCAUGAAGGAGAGCACGUAUGAUUUGCUUUUUUUGGACAAUCAGAUGCCUGUGAUGACUGGUAUCGAGUGCAUUCAGCGGAUACGGGAAGAAGGGAAUAGUGUGUGGGCAUGUGGGGUAACGGGGAACGCGAUGAAAGAGGAUCAGAAUGAGUUCAAGGACGCCGGCGUUGAUCGGGUCUUGACAAAGCCGGUCGCCGAAUCGGACCUCAAAGUCGUAAUUGCCCUGGUACUUGAACAACGAGAGCGGUCCAACGGGCGACAUCGAUAACAGCCCAAGUCCUACGAAUCGACCAAGUUCGUCGGAAUGCGUGACUUUCUGUCUGUACCUACGUUCUUUUGUGCAGAGUACUCGGGGCUGGUACCCGAUCAUGUCCCCGGACUGUAAGUCCCUUAGAUUUUGGGUAGGGAUAUAAUUAGAAGCUUGUUCUGGGUCUUUGGGCCUUUUUUUGGGAGGAAAGUUAUAUUGUUUCCCAGCGGCGUACCGGUGGGUUGAAUAAACAUGGCGGCAUACGUUUGCUGCGGACGGUCUACCGCAGACGAC